AAACGCACAGGUAUCUGCCAUGGAUACUUCCUACAUCUCGCAUGGAUCUCCCACGUUGUCGAUUGACGAGUCUCUUGAAGCUAGACAUUUCUUGCAGGCCUGGAAAGACAAAACGUUUUCUGAGAAACCAAAUGCAAUUCUCGUUAUAUCUGGCCACUGGGAGACCGAUGUUCCUACUGUUAAUUCUGUUCAACAACAUGACACCAUCCACGACUUCUAUGGCUUCCCUCAAGAAAUGUACAAGCUCAAAUAUCCAGCACCAGGAGCUCCAGAAUUGGCCAAGAAGGUGAAGAACUUGCUUAUAGCUGCUGGCUUCAAACAUGCUAAGGAAGAUAAAAAACGUGGGCUUGACCAUGGUGCCUGGGUGCCGCUAAUGCUAAUGUACCCUGAGGCCAAUAUGCCAGUUUGCCAGCUCUCAGUUCAGAUGAACAAGGACGGUGCUCAUCAUUUCAACAUGGGAAAGGCAUUGGCCCCUCUCAGCUAGGAAGGUGUCCUCAUA